GAGGCAUCAUGCUAUAUGAUUGCGCCGAAGAACCGGUACAAGUUACCUACUAACAAUACAGCUAUGGUGCUAAUAAUGCAUGGUCGCGAGGAAGAGGAUGUCUUUAACUUUAUUAUUCGGAAAAAACAUGAGAAAUGCUAUCAGCAUUGAUGGCGCAUCCUCCUUUGCCUCACGGGCAGGAGUGUCCUUGAAUCCUAAUUUUUCUCGACUCGGGGUGCCAGGAUUUUAUCGGAAGUUUGUUACAGAUCAAGUAGGUUUGAAAACGACAGCGACAACUUGUUUGACACAAAUUGAUGCUCGUACUUCUGCGUGUCGCCGUGGUUGCGCAUCGGCAGCAUCAUCCGCGAGUCACGAUUUCCUUACAAUUACAACAAGGCUAAAUUAUUCUAUACCGCCUAUUCACCCGGUUCCAAGAGGUUUUUCAUCCCCUAAAAGUUCUUCUAGUUUGAGAAGUACUCCUUGUUCCGGUUCUAGCGCUAGAAAUGUUCGAAUCGCUCGAGGCACUAGAUCGUCUCAUGAUCUUUCUCAAGAGUCGACGAUAGCUGUUUUAGGUGACUCUUGCGCGCUCGUUUCUCGUCGGCGAUUUCCUGCGUUCACCGGGAAGCAGCAGAACACGGCGUCUUUAACUACAACACAGCCUAUUGCGAUAGUAGAGUUAGGCAUAUUAACGAAUAAUUUGCCAUUGCCUACGUCGUCCAGCAAGAUGGCAGAUGAUGCUUGGGGCGCACCGCCAGCGCUGCAGAACCCCGACUUUUGGCUAGAGCAGGCGUCUAGCUCGAGCACCUCUGCAGGUACCAGGCAACCUGAAAAACGAAAGCGACAGUUGAAGAAUAGCACUUCUGGAGAAUGGCAUUCCUCGCCUUCCUCGGCUUGGGGACAGGCAGUGGCCAGUGGUGCUGGCUCGAGUUCAGAAAGACCUCGUAGACACCACGACCACCAAAGGGGCGCAGAGGUAGUGCAGCAACUUUCACCGUAUGCGAAACGAGGCAUUAUCGAUGGCCAUGAAAGGAACCACGCGCGUGACAUGGACGCCGUCAGCGACUAUCUUAGGCAUGACGACGACGGUUAUCCUUAUCUUCCUGAACGAAAACAACGAAGGAACCAUGGACCAGCAAAGUGGUCCUCCUCGGAUAACAGAGAAACUCCAUGGGCGAAAUCUGCUGAAGGAGGACAUGCCUGGGAUAACGACUACAAGAACUAUAAAUCGUGGUCAUCAUCCUCAUCCAAGAGUUCUGACAAGUUAGCAUCAAGCGGUAGCAACUACGAGAAGUACAUGAAAGAUAAUGCUGACGGAAACUAUCAUGGGAACAAACCACAUCAACAGAACAAUGUUUCUGGUGGAGACACUACUACUUCAUCUUGCCGUACUAAAGGAGUUUCUGGCAGAUCAGGAACAGGAGAAUCUUCGAGGAAGCGAGCGCAUGUCCUGUCUGUGGAUAUAGAUGGCACCAUCGCGGAUAUUACCAACCGUAUCGAAAUCGCCUUGAAAGAAGGCGAUGAGCGGUCGAGCGCGUACUGGGCGACCUUACUCGACGGACAGCAUUAUCACAUGGACGAACCCAUUGUGUGGUCCCGUACCUUUCUUCGUGCAUGGGUAGGCUUGCUGCCGUGGGCGAGUUGUAAAAACGACAGCUCGAUGAAUCAAGAAGCAGGUGGAGACGACCAGGUGGUUGAAAAUGUUGAACAAAUGAGCAUCACGGACAGUGCUGUUGCCGCACCAGACGACGCUUCAUCAAAAAGCAGUACUGACAGGAUCAGGAAAAUCAUUUAUGUGUCUGGGCGUCGCGCUGGCACCGAGGAGCAGACAAGAGAGUGGCUCGAAGCACACGGUUUUCCACUCGCGGAGAUCCGACACCGCCCGCAAGGCAUUGGCUCUUGGCGGUGGAAGAAGGAGACACUGAUAGAGCUGAGAAAGAAUUCAAAACUUGGUAAAAUAGUCGCUCACCUGGGAGAUCGGGAGGACGAUGUUACGGCGGCUCAAGCAGCGGGCGUUCGUGGAGUCUACGUAGAACCCAACCUCUGGCUAACAAAAAGAGAAGCCGAAGAAAAUGGUGUCGCAGAUCUAAUAACCGUUCAUAGGAACGAUGAUGAACAGAAAGAUCAUGCAUGACAAAGGUAUGGACCAACAGUCUACGUGAUGAAGAGAGCAACAAAGGUGCGGGGUUAUAGUCAAUGUAGAAGAGGGUUCUCCUUCAGUGCAUAAUGAUAAUGAAGCGUCCCGCCCCGACGCAUCUUGUGCCGCAGCAGCAGGUGCUUCUAGCUUUUCGUCAUCACCUUCAUUCACGAGGAUUUCGUGAGUGAUCUUUUUUAUAUAUGAAUUUUUUUAACUUCCUCGCCCCCUGCUAUUCUUGCUGUUGACCCCCCUCCACCUACGCAAGGACGCACAGGCGCCCCUACUUGAUGGACUCAGAUACAGUUG